UUCACUCUUGAUGUUUUUGGGUCAAUUUGAAGUUGUAAAUGUUUGGGAAUUUUGGAGCUAAAAUGUGACAUAUUGCUAAAGUCUUUGAGGUUUUGCUUUGACUCCUGCCUUGAUAAAGGUUUGACUGACUUAUAAGUCAUGGCAGAWCGAGGAGAGUGCGAGGAAGAUGCGAGUGAAGACGACAUAUGUCCAACUCAACGUGAUGUUGAAGAGCUCAAGAAAAAGCUCAAGUCACCGGAUAGAGCGAAAUUCGAGCGAGAAUUGGAAAAGAUCAACGCUGAAAUUCGUGAACACGAAGCCAAAUAUCGCUCUUUUCAAAGUGCACGGACUCAAGGAGUGUCAUCCAGCCAUGUGGGGAAAGACAGAGAAACUUUAAUGACAGAACUUCGUGGUUUUAAAGUAGAAAGGGAAGAUGAGAUUGACACUCGAAAGAAAAUUGAUCAAGAAUUGAAGUCGUUAAAUUCUCUUGUCCAACAAAAGAAUGACUCCUGUGCCAAAGUUCAAGCUGGACUUAAAUAUAAAACAGAGGCAAAAGCAGAUGAGGCUAUCAGGAGGUUAGAGCAUCAGCUGAGAGUUCAACAGUUAAAGCUACGAGAGGAAAAACGAUUAGUAUCUGAAAUAGACGCACUCAAAAGAUCCAAGAAACUAAUCCACGACUUUGAUGCACUGAAGCAGGAAAUUGGACAGCUUAGAGACAAACAAAAUGCUCUUCGGAAGCAGAGAGAUAAUUGUAUGAGGACGAUAGCAAGGUUAAAAUCCAGAGAAGAAGAAAUCAAGUCAUCCCUUGAUGAACAAAGAUCUAAAGAUAUUGAAGCUAAACAGCAACAAAGGGGAUUUAACACAGAAAGGAAUGCACUUAAAAAAGGCAAGGACAUACAUCAGAAGUAUUUAUCUAUAUAGUAGUU